UUUAUUAAACAUAAAGAGGACACAAAUAGGUAUAAAAUGAUAAAACUUACCUAAAUGGUCUGCUUGGACAGCUGUGAACCACAUAACGUCUUUUUCUCCUAGGCAUUUGUAUCACUGAAAAAUAGGACAAGAACAAGAAAAUGGCUGAAACGGAAAGUCUAGCUGACUGGAUGUCUAAUCUUAAUGAGAAAUUCACAAAAAUCCCCUUGAGCCAGCUUGCUAUUCCAGGGAGUCAUGAUGCUAUGGCAUACAGCUUAGAUAUGGAUUCUUCAGUACUGGAACCUGAAAAACUAAAGGCUUUGGACAAGAUGUUCAGCACUUUCUUAAGGCCCAUUGUCAAAAAAUGGGGUACUGCCCAGGAAAAGAACAUCUCUGAGCAGCUUGAUGCGGGUAUGCGAUACUUUGAUCUGAGGGUUGCUGGAAAGCCUGAAUCUAGUGAUUUAUUCUUCUAUCAUGGACUGUACACAACAAUGACUGUGAAGGAGGGAAUGACAGAAUUGGAGAAAUGGUUAGGACAGCAUACUAAGGAGGUUGUCAUCCUUGCUUUCUCACAUUUCAAAGAAAUGUCAGACGAUCAACACACAGAACUGACCAACUUCCUCAAAGAGCACUUUAAAACAAAACUCUGUCCGAAGCCACAAGUGCCCUCACUCAAGGACUGCUGGGAAAGUGGCUACCAGGUCAUCCUCUCUUAUGACAACAGAAAAGUGGACGAUCCUGUUUUGUGGCCUCGAAUCGAGUACUGGUGGGCUGAUAAUUCAGACCCCAAGGAGGUCAUUUCAUACCUCAAUGACCAAAAACAAAAAGGAAGACCAGAGGGAUUGUUUGUUGCUGGUCUCAACUUGACUUUUGAUGGGAAUGACAUGCUCCUGUACCUCACAAAAUCUUUAAAGGAGAAGACCAUGCUGGCCUACCCUCUGUUGCUUGACUGGGUGAAGGAGCAACACCCAGGCUCUGACAAAGAAAGUGUCAACAUUAUUGCUGGAGAUUUUGUUGGAGUGAAUAGCUUUGCUCAGGAUAUCAUUAAGCUCAACAAUGCUGACAGUGGUUCAUGAGAAGAUCUUAUGAGUCAAUAUGAAAAGUCCUUAAUAAGAAAGUUUCAGAAUAUUUUGUUUAAUUCGUCCUUGGUUACAAUGGUACAUAGUUUUUAGAAUUUAGUUUUUAGGUUACAGCAAAAAGUCUUCUUGAGCAUUUAACAUACACUACCAGUCAAAAGAUUUUUAAUGUUUUUUUUUUUAGAAUUGUCUUCUGCUCACCAAGCCUGCAUUUAUUUGAUCCCAGUGGAAUAAGCAGUAAUAUUGUGAACUAUUUUUACUAUUUAAAAUAACUAUUUGAAUAUAUUUUAAAAGGUAAUUCAUUCCUGUGAUCAAAGCUAAAUUUUCAUCAUCAUUACUCCAGUCUUCAUCGUCACAUGAUCCUACAGAAACCAUUCUAAUAUGCUGAUUUUCUGUUCAAGAAAAUGUAUUAUUAUAAUUAUUAUCAAUAUUUAAAACAGUUGAGUAAUUUUUUUCCAGGAUGAUGUGACUGGAGUAAUGAUGCUAAAUAUUCAGCUUUGAAAUCAAAGGAAUAAAUUAAAAUAUAACAUAUAUUUAAAUAGAAAACUAGUAGUAAACGUAUUUUAAAAAUGUUACUGUUUUUGCUGUACUGUACAAAUAAAUGUAGGCUUGGUGAGCAGAAGAGACUUCUUUAAAAAUGCAUUACAAAUCUUACUGUACAAAAACUUUUGACUGGUAGUGUAUUAAAGAAAUAAACAAAUUAAAAUUCUUAAAUAAAUAAUAAAAAUGUUUAAUGUGAGUCAGUGGUGUUUUGGGUCUUAUUAACU